AUGGCUACUAUGACUAUGACACAGCAGACUAAAAGGGCCGCCAAAAAGAACGCAAAAUCGGUGCCAGAGAACGAACGGUUCAUGCGAGCAUGUUCAGACAUUGCGAAUGCUCUCAUUCAAGAUUAUGAGUCGCAAAGGGACUCGACAAAGCCCAAGAAGGAUUUGAACCUGAACAAGUUGCGCGGUACCUUUUCGAGCAAGCACUGCUUGUCUUCUCAACCGCCACUCACGGCGAUCAUCGCCGCAGUACCAGAACACUACAAAAAAUAUAUCCUGCCAAAAUUGAUUGCGAAACCCAUUCGAACCUCAUCUGGUAUCGCUGUGGUGGCGGUUAUGUGCAAACCCCACCGUUGUCCCCAUAUCGCCUAUACCGGUAACAUUUGUGUCUACUGCCCUGGUGGCCCAGACUCCGACUUCGAAUAUUCGACUCAGUCCUACACUGGAUAUGAACCAACUUCUAUGCGCGCGAUCCGCGCUCGUUACGAUCCAUUUGAGCAGGCGCGAGGACGUGUGGACCAAAUCAAAUCUCUCGGCCACAGCGUCGACAAAGUGGAAUACAUUAUCAUGGGUGGAACUUUCAUGUCGCUUCCGGAAGAUUAUCGCGACAGCUUCAUCUCGCAGCUUCACAACGCACUGAGCGGAUACCAAACGGACAAUGUCGAUGAGGCCGUGCAGGCCGGCGAAAUGAGUAAUGUGAAGUGCGUGGGUAUCACAAUCGAGACGCGACCGGAUUACUGUUUGGAUACACAUCUGGACAGCAUGCUUCGAUACGGAUGCACGCGGUUGGAAAUUGGCGUGCAGAGUCUAUACGAGGAUGUUGCAAGAGAUACCAACCGCGGUCACACUGUCGCGGCGGUAGCUGAGACUUUCAAACUCGCCAAGGAUGCCGGCUUCAAGGUUGUCAGCCACAUGAUGCCCGAUUUGCCAAAUGUCGGAAUGGAGCGUGACCUUUUCCAGUUCCAAGAGUACUUCGAGAACCCCAACUUCCGUACCGACGGCCUCAAGCUAUACCCCACACUUGUCAUCCGAGGCACCGGUCUCUACGAGCUGUGGCGUACCGGCCGUUACAAGAAUUAUACCCCCAACGCACUUAUUGACCUCGUCGCACGUAUCCUCGCUCUUGUUCCCCCAUGGACCCGUAUCUACCGAGUCCAGCGUGAUAUUCCCAUGCCUCUGGUUACCUCUGGUGUGGAGAACGGUAACUUGCGCGAGCUGGCGCUGGCACGCAUGAAGGACUUCGGUACAACCUGCCGUGACGUUCGCACCCGAGAGGUCGGAAUCAACGAGGUCAAGAACAAGAUCCGCCCAUCGCAAAUCGAGUUGAUCCGCCGUGACUACGCUGCUAACGGUGGCUGGGAGACCUUCUUGGCUUAUGAAGACCCCAAGCAGGACAUUCUCAUUGGUUUGCUUCGUCUGCGCAAGUGUAGUGACACCCACACCUUCCGUCCUGAGUUCACCGGCCAGCAGACGAGUAUCGUCCGCGAGCUGCACGUCUAUGGUUCGGCCGUCCCGCUUCACGGACGUGAUGCGCGCAAAUUCCAGCACCGUGGUUUCGGAACCCUGUUAAUGGAGGAGGCGGAACGCAUUGCCCGUGAGGAACACGGUAGUCGCAAGAUUAGUGUUAUCUCUGGUGUUGGUGUGCGCAACUACUAUGCUCGUCUCGGAUAUACCCUCGACGGUCCCUACAUGUCCAAGAUGCUGGACCCGUGGGAAGAUGAGGAGUAA